UCCUCCGGUGGAAAGCCAUGUCCGGAAACUCACAGAAGAGCCCCUACUCCCCCUCCCCCGUGGGUGGGAGCCUUUUACUUCAGGUAUGAGGUGUUUCUCUUCGGACUAAGGGCCCUAGGCCGGAAGAGGAUGGCGGCGGCUGCUCUGAAGAGAUUUUGGUCCCGAGGCCGCGGAGAAGGGGGCGUUGAGGCUGGAAAUGCUGCCGUGGCGGUGAAGCCAAGCGUGUGGGCGCGGCUGGGCGACUGGGCCCGCGCGCUGCUCCGGGACUACGCAGAGGCUUGCCGGGACGCGGUGGCUGCGGCGCGGGCUCGGCCGGGGCGCGCAGCAGUGUACAUGGGGCUGCUGGGCGGCGCCGCAGCCUGCUGCGCUCUGGCGCCGAGCGAGGAGGCCUUCGAGGAGGCGCUGCUCGAUGCGUCUGGGACUCUCCUGCUGCUAGCGCCAGCCACUCGCAACCGCGAUUCCGAAAGCUUCCUGCAGCGACUCCUUUGGCUGCGGGGCCGCGGUCGUCUGCGCCACGUGAAUCUGGGGUUCUGCUCGCUCGUGUACGAGGCGCCCUUCGACUCCCAGGCCAGCCUCUACCAGGCCCGCUGCCGCUACUUGCAGCCCCGCUGGGUCGACUUCCCCGGCCGAAUCCUGGAUGUGGGCUUCGUGGGCCACUGGUGGAUACUGAGCACCCGGAUGCGUGACUGCGACAUCAACGAUGACGAGUUCCUGCACCUGCCGGCACAUUUGCGCGUGGUCGGACCCCACCAGCUGCACUCCGAGGCUAAUGAGCGGCUCUUCGAUGAGAAGUACAAGCCUGUUGUGCUCACUGACGAUCAGGUGGACCAGGCGCUGUGGGAGGAGCAGGUGUUGCAAAAGGAGAAAAAGGACAGGCUUGUCCUGAGCCAGGCCGACUCGCUAGUGCAGUCGCAGGUCGCAAGAUGAAACCCAGUAAGAGCGUGAGGCCUGACUGGGGUCUGAGCCCUGGCAGACUGUGGAAUGAUGAGAGUGGGACGUAAAUUAUAUGCACUGUUCUCUAACUGCUGUUGUUGAAAACAAGUUUGGAGAGCCAUACUCUCUAUCUCUUUGUUCCUUAUUAGUGAAGCUAGUUCACAGUCUUUUUGGUCUAGGAAUUGGGUAGAGCAGAGUUGACUAAUGUUUAUCACUGCCAGAGCUGGUAAUGAGCCUUUUACAUAAGUCUUUUUAGGCUGGGAAUGUAGUAGCUCAAGUGGUAAAGCACUUGCCCCUGGCAUCCCUAAAGUCCUAGGUUUGAUCCCCACUACCACAAAGACAAAAGAAAAAUAACUUCAUCCUUUUUCACUGUGUGACACAAGUCCCUUGACAGAGGUACUACAUUGGUCAGGUGACUCCCAAACUCUCUUCCAAGAGCAUGCAUAUUUUGCUUUAUUUCUUUGUGUGUUUUCCUCCUCUUGUUCUUUUUCUUUGCGGGGAGGGAGGGGGUACUGGGGACUGAACUCAGGGGCACUUGGCCACUGAGCCACAUCCCCAGCCCUAUUUUGUAUUUUAUUUAGAGACAGGGUUUUAGAGAGUUGCAUAGUGAAUUGUCGUUGCUGAGGCUAGCUUUGAACUCACGAUUCUCCUGUCUCAGCCUCCCAAGCUGCUGGGAUUAAAGGCGUGUGCCACCAUGCCCAGCUCCUCUUGUUCUUUUAUGAGUAACAUGUUUGUUCAGAUUUUUAAAAUUCGUUGAGCCAGCUGUGGUGAUACACACCUGUAAUAUGAGCUACUCUAGAGGCUAAAGCAGAAAGAUUGCAAGUUUGAAACCAGCCUGGGCAGCUUAAUAACACCAUAUUCAAAUAAAAAGGGCUGGAGAUGUUGCUCAGUAGUAGAGCACUGGCAGUGUGAGUGAGGCCUUGGAUUCAAACUCCAUUACCAAAAAUAAAGUAAAACACUAAUUAUAGUCUCACAAGAAAUUGGCAAAAUAAUACAUUUUGAAUACUCUUUACCCAGUUUCCCUUAAAUGGUAUUGUUUUACAUAACUAAUACUAAAUGAGGAUAUUGAUAUUAGUAUGACUGUUUGGUUUUGGAAGGGACGUGUUUUUGUAAAAACAACUUGGUUUUAUCAUAUGUGUAUUGACAGUGAUUAGAAGUGGCUUGGAAGGAAAAAUAGGUCCUAAUCUCAAAAUCUAUAUCUAAUUGUAAAUCCUGUUGAUGUCAUACUUCAGGUACCCUGAAAACAGAAUUCUUUGGAAAAGAAUAAGUUAAAUUAUGUAGUUGGUACUUAGCUAGGUUAUGAUAAUCACACCUCUUAAGCUAAAAUAUUGGGGAAUGUGACUACCUCUGUCACCUUGGUGCCUGUAGCUAGUUAAUAAAACCAGGAGAUGAAACA